AUGCAGCAAUGCGUGAUCUGUUUGGUCAAAGAGGGGAUGUUCGACAAGGAGAAGUUUGACGACCUGUGCUGGAUGAUGACCAUGAAGAAGAACUUCAGAGGGUUACCACAGGGGGCGAUGCUAUCGGAAAGAGACUGUUUCAAGCUCUUCUGUUUAUUCAACCUGUUGUCUGAAGACCGCUACCCACUGGUGAUGAUACCUGAGGAGGUGGAGUAUCUCCUCAAGAAAAUCUCCACAGCUAUGAGCCAGGAGUGGGACGGGAAGCCACUGGAGGACUUAAUAUCCCAGGAUGCCCCGGUGCAGGAGAGUGAUAUGUCUGUAUGGACCUUCCUGGAGCACAUGGCUGCUGGCCGGCUGCUGAGGGUCACCAGCGCCGAGGCCUUCAGUCUGGCUCUGAACGAGGUCUUUCUUGAGAUGUAUCACAAUGUUCUCAAAAGGGGUUAUAUGUGGAAAAAGGGCCAUGUACGCCGGAACUGGACUGAACGCUGGUUUGUGCUGAAGCCCUCCUCCAUGGCUUACUACGUCAGCGAGGCAUUAAAAGAUAAGAGAGGGGAGAUCCAGCUGGAUAACAGCUGCGUCAUAGAGACUAUUGCAGACAGGGAGGGGAAGCGCUGUUUGUUCUGUGUGAAGACUCACACUAAAACCUUUGAGAUGAGCGCGUCCGACCAGAGACAGAAGGUGGAGUGGACUCAAGCUCUUCAGACAGCCCUCCGUCUCCAGAGCGAGGCGAAGGCCUCUCUUCACUUCGUGCUGAAGCUGAAGCGGCGGGUCCAGAGGGAACACAGCCACCGGGAGCGCAGCCGGAGCGCCAGGAGCAGCGGCAGCAGCCUGAGCAGCCUAUCAGACGACUCCAACAUCCAGGAGAUGGAGAAGAUGGAGAAAGACAAAGACAGACAGGAUUUAGAAAUAGAAAGUAUCAUACAGCAUGCGCGUGAAUUAGAAACCAAACGAAGGGAGGCCGAGGAAAAAGAGAGGAGGAAACAGAAGGAGGUGCAGAUGGAGCUGGAGAGACAGCUGAAGGAGGCCGAGUCGCUGAGAGAAAGCAUGCAGGCAGAGAUGCAGGAGAAGGAAAAGGAGGCUGAGCAACAGAAGAAGAGGAUCCAGGAGUUGGAGCUGACUCAGCAGAAACUGGAGUCUGCUCUCAACAUGGAGAUCCACGCUCGGCUGGAGGAGGAGAGGGCCAGACAGGAACUGGAGAGGGUGCUACGGGAAGAAGACGCAAAGAAGAAGCAGUUCCAGCACCUGCAGGAGCAGCAGAGGGCCUUGAAGUGCCUCAGCCCCAUACAGGAGGCCUCAGACGGCAGCCCGGACGAGGACACCCCCUCAGCUCUGCACUCCGCCUCUCAGGAGCUCCAGGAUCUGCAGGCUUCUCGCCAGAGGAGCCACCAGCGCCUGGAGGAGGUACAAGAGAAGCUGAGAUAUGCCAGUCAACAUGUAAAACACUGGAACGUCCAGCUGAACCGCCUCAUGACACCCAUCAGUCCCGGAGGACGUACGGAUAAUCGCAAUUUAUCAAAAAGCAUGUGUCCAAAAAAGGAAGGAGCAUUGGCCAGUAAUGAGUUCAUCUCUAAAUACAAAAUGAGGGCCGAUCAAAAAAGAAAGAUGCCAGAAGGCAGCGAGAUGCUGGAGGAGCAGCUGGAGGCCGCCCACCUGUCAGAUUAAACAUCUGGAUUAGACCGAGAGUGGAGACUGGAAGGAGAAAAGCUAUUUAUAAUACAAGAAAAUAAUCCGCAUAAGCAUUGUAUUAUAUUUAUAUUUUUAAAACGCACACUAAAAUGGAGAAUAA